GACGUGGCCCAAUCGAUUUGCGCAUGCACCUCUAACGCAUGCGCCAACCUGGAUAAACGUGAAGAAAGAAGUAUUUGCCUCUGGACCUGGUGCAGGUGAUGCCUUACAAGACACUGAGGACUGAGUACAAGCCCUUUGAAGCCAAACGACGGCUGCUGGGGAACUUUGACAUGUUUCUUUCAGACGACCGCAUUUGCCGCCUGCUGUCCUCGCACUUCUACGAGAGAAAGAAGGAGCCUUUGUCAUUGAACCAGCAGAGCAAGAAGCUGGCCUUGGACAUCCAGAGAACCAUCCAGGGAACAACAAUCUCCAUUUCUAAGAACAGCUGCUGCUGCAUAGCUUGUGUGGCCCACUCUGGGAUGGCUGCAGAUGAAAUAGCAGAGAAUAUUGAUUCAGCUGUCAGCACCAUCGUGACGAAACUACGGGUUAGAGAGGACCGUUGAUAAAGAUCAUCCACUUGAAAAG